CCAAAACCUCGGCUCGCCACUCUGCGUUCCCAUAAUUCAGUUGCAGCUGAAUAUGAAAUCAAUGCAGAAUCGAACGCAAACUGCUGACUGCUGAGUCAUACAUUAUUUUAACUUUUAUCAACAGUUCAUUACUACCUGUGUCUUACGCGAUUUGGAAAGACUUCGCGCUGCCAGCACCCUCUUUUAACGACUGCCAGUAAUCGCACUGCACUGCGUCAUGCUUGUUUUCAAAGACGAUGUGACGGCGUGGAACGCCGUGGACGUCCUCGUCGACGGGCUCCUGCAGCACGGCCACGUGAUCAACGUGGCGGAGGGCGGUCUGAUCAUUGAUUUCGGUUGCGCCACACAGCGCGCCCAGUUCGUCGAGUACGGACGCAUCUUCAACGGCCAAUAUAAGGACAACUGGAAGGACGACAUGCUGGUGCUGCUGCCGCGAACCGACGGCGCCUGGGUGUGGUACCCGGGGCAGGUCGUCUCCCUCGGGGAUUGCGACUACGACGGAGCGCAGUGCGUGGAGGUGCAGCGGCCCCACGGCCCCGUCCGGGAGCUGGUGCACUGGCCGCAACUGCGCGCACCGCCCACGAAGGAGGAUCUGGAAGGGAUGCUGCGUGUGGCGCCCGGGGACUUUGUCAUCCGCUCGUGUCCUCUGCCCGGUGCCUACUGGGCCGACGGGUCGCAGCGGCUCGGGGAGCUCUUCAAAUACCGAUUGAAGGACGAGCACGCAGUCGUGUGCAAGUCGCUGCUCAGCCAGACGUUUCUUUACUUGCAGUGUCGGACGGCUACCCCCCUGGAUGCCGAGAGUGCGAAGUUCGAGUUUGACGAGGCGCGUGAUGACAUCGAUAGCGGUUACCUACCGCAGACAGGGGAAUGGAUGCGUUGGCAGGGCGCGAUCACCACACCGAAGAAAAAGCGCAAAGUAAGCGGUCAGCGUCAGCUGCGAAGGCUACCGUUGCCCCCUGAGCUGCUGGUGGAGAUCUUCCACUCGCUGGAUUCCAUCGGGCGCCUGCGCUGUCGCCGUGUGUGUCACGCAUGGAACACCCUUCUCACCACGGAUACCUACUUCCCCGAUGUCCGCGUAUCCGGCGGGGAAGCCGAAUACACUGACGGAGAAUUCGAGGAUGACGGCCUGUACUGGUUAAUCAGCUGUCUGCUGAAAUGCCUCAACAGCACCACGAAAGUGGUGGUUAUCAACCAAAUGAUCGGCGAAGAAUGCACAAAAUCCGCCGGACUGAUCCGUCAUCUGCUGAACGGUCACCGUCUGGCGGCGCUGGUGUUCUACGACUGUGAAUUCGGGGAGAUGUGCGAGAGCAUGAAGCAGGUCACGGGGGACGUCGUAGCCAUGACCCACGACUUUGUGGCGUACGAGCGGAUGGUGCUGAAGAAGUGCCGUGUCUAUGAUUACAUUCUUAAAGGCAUACUGGUCACGCAGCAUUCCUUCGGUAGCCAGUCGAGCGAAGCGAUGCGGCGGGAGCUGUGGCAGGUUGUGGAGAAGAGUCUGAAUCUCACGCAACCGCUCGAUCGACCGGCCGUGGCGGAGUGGAUUGCUGACUGCAUUCAGAACCAACGCAGCGAGGACAUUCAACGACACCUUGUAAAUGCGCUCAACUCUUAUCAGCGCGCGGAUCCGCGUUCCGGCACGGAAUACCGUGGUCGCAAGUGGACGACGGCCACCCUCGCCGAUCUGGAUGCCAGCAAGCUGACUACACUGACAGCAGCCGCCCUGAGCGAAAGCGUACGGCGAAAUAGGAAUGCUGGCUCGGGAGACUUCGCAGACAGCGGCAGUAAUGAAAGUAAUGAAUAAUGUGUGUCUGUGCCACUUAAUUCGUGAAUGCAGGGGCGCUCGCCGGUCGCCAACAAGCAUUGUUUUCUCGUUUUAAACAACUGGUUUAACAAUUUAAAAUGUUUAUGUCGUGUUGUUAUUUAUUGGCUUAAUAUUCAGCAGUUGUUCUGUUGCUGUUUUAUAAUGCUAUUUGAUGUGUGCUG